AUGUUUAUAACAAAGGAAAGCGCCAAACUUUCCACGGCUGGACUCGCUACUGGACUAAAUAGUGCUAUCCCAGCCUGGAGAAUAAGAAUUGAAGAACGUAUCGCAAAGGCUAGGGCCCUCAUCGGCAGACUGAUAUGCUUCAGGUCAGGCAAUACCAGGCCAAGGAUUGUGCGCACCGUCAGGAUGGCGUUUGCUGGGACAAAUGUUAGUUUGUCCCAGCCGGAUAUAAUGCAAAAACUGACGGAGCGCAUAGACGACCUGAAGCAGAGAAUCGCUGCUUGGGGAAAGCGGAUUCGGCGAUAUACCGAGAGGUCGACACGGUUCAACCAGAAUCGUCUCUUCCAGAGUGAUCAGAAGAGGCUCUAUAAAUCAUUGGAGCGACCAAUAGUAAGUGGAACGGGCCCUGUACCAAAUCAGGCCGACACGGUCGCGUUCUGGCGCAGCCUGUGGUCAGAGCCCGUAAACCACAACGAGGGCCCUUGGACGGAAGUUGAGGCGAGUCAGUGUGCGGGUAUUACGCCCAUGGACCCCGUCAUCAUAACGCCGGAUGACGUAGCUGAGGCGGUCCGUAGGGCCCUGAACUGGAAAAGUCCGGGGCUUGACGGACUGCAUCACUACUGGCUGAAGGGGUUCAUGGUGUGA